AACGCAACGCAGGUGCUGCUAGCUUGCUUCUUGAAUCUUGAUGAGCUGUUGGGGUGGCCGUCCCGUAUAAAUACCAUGGACGCGCAUAGGUCCAGCGACAGUGGAUCCGCGUGGCGAGUAACGUGAUACCCCCUCCCUCGGCUUUGCGACUGCUGCAGCUCCUCCCCCCCUCUGCCCCCUUUUUCCGCCAAGAACAACUGUUGUUUGCUGUUUCUUGCGGCAGGAAUCGGAGCUGGAUUUGGAUGCUGCAGUCGGUGCCGAAUGCAUCGGAUGUGACGGAGAUUGAAGGGACUGUUUUGGUUCUUUCCUUUGGUUCCUGUUUUGACUUGGACUAAAUACUGAUGGAGAAGAGCGGGAGGGAAUAGCAUCGCUUCUCUUCGCUUUGCUGCUGCUUUGUUGAAUUCAAUGUUCGAGUGCAGAUUUGAAGGGUUGAAGCAAAAAAUGUUAGAUUUGGCGCCGGAUUCCGACGGUGAGAGCGGAAUGGAGGUUUCGAAUUCGAGCGAGAGCUCGAUGAGUAGUAGCGGCGAUGACAGCCGGAGUAGCUUUGCGCGCCUCUCCUUCAACGCCUCCUUAACACUGGCCGCUCACGACAUUCCCUCCGGCGAGGUCCUCUGCGCUCCGUCGAGGCUACCCUCCAAACCCCACCGCGGGUCUGACCCCGCGUGGGCGGCCAUUCGGUCGCGGGGCUCCUCUGUCACGGGGGACGGAGUCCUCGGCCACCGAGACUUCAAGCUGGUCCGACGCAUCGGGAGCGGUGACAUAGGGACCGUCUACCUCUGCUGCCUCAACGACGACGCGUCGCCGUGCGCGUACGCCAUGAAGGUGGUCGACAAGCUGGAGCUGGAGAAGAAGAAGAAGCAGGAGAGGGCGGCCACGGAGAAGAGGAUUUUGCGCGUCCUCGACCACCCCUUCCUCCCUACUCUCUUCGCUGACUUCGACGCUUCCCCCCAUUACUCUUGCGUGGUGAUGGAGUAUUGCAGCGGCGGCGAUCUACACACCCUCCGCCACCGCCAGCCUCGCCUCCGCUUCUCCGUCGCCGCCACCAGGUUCUAUGCGGCGGAGGUGCUGAUGGCGCUCGAAUACCUCCACAUGCUCGGAAUCGUCUACCGCGACCUCAAGCCCGAGAACAUCCUCAUUCGCGGCGACGGCCACAUCAUGCUUUCCGACUUCGACCUCUCGCACGAAUCCACCGCCUCCCCUACCCUUGAGUCCCUCACCGGCGACCGCUGCGUCGAGCCCUCCUGCCUCCCCUUCCGAGGCGGGCGGACGUCGCCGCCUCCCCGGCCCGCAUGGUUCGUGGCGGAGCCGGUGGGUGCCCGCUCGUGCUCCUUCGUCGGCACGCACGAGUACAUCGCGCCCGAGGUUGCCUCCGGCGGGCCCCACGGCAGCGCCGUAGACUGGUGGGCCUACGGCAUCCUCCUCUACGAGCUGCUCUACGGCCGCACCCCCUUCGCGGGGGCCACAAACGAGGCGACGCUCCGCAACAUCGUGAAACAGCCGCUGGCCUUCCCUCCGCCGGCGACCGGCCCCUCUGACGCCUCCGCGAGGGACCUCAUCAGCCGCCUGCUCGCGAAGGACCCGGCGGCGCGCCUGGGAUCGCGACGGGGCGCGGCUGACGUCAAGGCCCACCGCUUCUUCAAGGGCCUCAAAUGGGCACUGCUUCGCACGAACCGCCCCCCGACGGUGCCCGGCCAGGCUCGAACCGAACCCAACGAACCCGUACGGUUCGAUUACUUUUGAACCGAACCGCUGUUGUAUUUUGUUAGCCAAGCUGUAGCAAAUAGCAAUGUAUAGAUAAUUAAGUGCAUUAAUCAGACAUAUAUAGAAUAAUAUUUUAUCGUGCAAGUUUUAAA